AUGGGUGAUCACAACAAUAAAAGGCCUGAUAAGAAAAUUGAAUAUAAUACCAAUAACCCGUCAUGUUCGUUAUACCUAAGAAAGAUUACUAAAACUGAAUUAUGCAAAAUAAUAACUGACACGAAUAACGAUUCAGCUCCAGGUCCAGACGGAAUUUCAAUUAAUGUUAUUAAAAAACUAAAAGACUUUAUAUCUUUCAUAUUAGAAAAAACCUUUAACCGAAUCUUAAAAGAAGGGAUUAUCCCAGAUUCCUUCAAAAAUUCAUUAAUAUCGCCCAUUUAUAAAGGUAAAGGGUCAAAAUCCGACUUCAUGAAUUAUAGACCUAUAAGUUUAUUAAAUGCAUUUUCCAAAAUAUUUGAAAAGGCAAUCAAUGCUAGACUCAUUAAUUAUUUAGAAGAAAACAAUUUAUUACCCAACUCACAAUAUGGCUUUAGAAAGGGGUUAGGUACAGAAGACGCUCUAGCAAAAUUUAACAAAAGAAAUAUAUGAUAAUUUAGAUAACCAUAACAGAACAAUCGGUAUAUUUUUAGAUCUUAGUAAAGCUUUUGAUAGCAUACCUCAUUCAAAACUACUAAAUUGUAUAAAGUCGUUCGGUAUUAUUGGAUCAGCAUACUCAAUAUUUAAAUCAUAUUUAGAAGACAGGACUCAACAGGUUAAAAUAGGUAAUAUCCUUAGUGAAAUAGGUAUAAUCCAUAGAGGAGCAAGGCGCAGUCUUAUCUCCAAUUCUGUAUAUUAUGUACGCAUCAGCAUUAGAUAGACUUUCGUUAAACGGAAAAAUCUAUUCGUAUACUGAUGACACUGCAAUUAUUGUAUCUAGUACUAAUUGGGAAUCUACUUGGAAAAAAAGUGAAUCAGAUAUUGCAGUACUCGGAUAA